UAGUCAUGGAAAAGGGCGAGGACAGGUUACGGGAGUGAAGUGGAUAAGGUAGCGGCUACACUGCAUCAGAAGAAGCAAAGAAAUUUGACUCCUUUUUCGCUUUUAACACUAUAACGAACAAAUGAGCUCUUGCAUUCCCCUGUAUCAGCUCACGCAGUGCAACUUCAACAAUCUCCAGCGUCGGUGGAGGUGGUCGCCAACUCCCACCACAAACCCAUUCAGCGGCUUUAGUAAGGCCAGAGUGGACGAUGACAAUAACAGAGUCAGACCCAUCCGAGCUUCCGUUGAGACGGCCCCAUUCCCGUUCUUACAACCUCCUAAUCCAAAAGUUGAAGAGGAUUCACCCUCUCUGUUGGAACCGGCAGACCCCGAUUUCUACAAGAUAGGGUAUGUACGCAGUAUGCGAGCUUAUGGGGUUGAUUUCAAGGAAGGGCCUGACGGUUUUGGAGUUUAUGCUUCCAAAGAUGUUGAACCUACUCGCCGUGCCAGGGUGAUUAUGGAAAUCCCAUUGGAGUUGAUGUUAACCAUAAGUAAGAAGCUUCCUUGGAUGUUUUUCCCUGAUAUAAUACCAGUGGGUCAUCCAAUAUUUGAUAUCAUUAACUCUACUGAUCCAGAGACAGAUUGGGACCUGAGGUUAGCAUGCCUUCUAUUAUAUGCAUUUGAUCGCGAUGAUAACUUUUGGCAGCUAUAUGGUGACUUCUUACCUAGUGCAGAAGAGUGCACUAGCUUGCUUCUGGCAACAGAGGAGGAGCUCUUGGAGCUGCAGGACCUAAAUCUUGCAUCAACCAUGAGAAAACAACAAUUAAGAGCAUUAGAAUUUUGGGAGAAGAACUGGCAUGAUGGUGUCCCCCUGAAAAUAAAACGCCUUGCUCGUGAUCCUGAGAGAUUUAUAUGGGCCGUGAGUAUGGCACAAUCACGGUGCAUCAACAUGCAACUGAGGAUUGGUGCUCUCAUUCAAGAUGCAAAUUUAUUAGUUCCUUAUGCUGACAUGCUAAACCAUUCCUUCGAGCCGAAUUGUUUUUUUCAUUGGCGUUUUAAGGAUCGUAUGCUUGAGGUGAUGAUAAAUGCUGGAGAACGGAUUAGAAAAGGAGAUGAGAUGACAGUCAACUACAUGAACAUGCAGAAGAAUGAUAUUUUCAUGCAAAGAUACGGAUUUUCAUCAGCUGUGAAUCCUUGGGAUGCACUCCAGUUCUCUGGCGACGCAUGUAUACAUUUGGACUCCUUCCUCUCAGUCUUCAGUAUAUCUGGGCUUCCUGAAGAAUAUUAUCAUAACAGUAAUUUGUCGAGGGAUAGUGAUACUUUUGUUGAUGGUGCGGUCAUAGCAGCAGCAAGAACAUUACCCACUUGGUCAGAUGGGGAUUUGCCUCUAAUUCCAAGCAUGGAAAGGAAAGCUGCUAAGCAGUUACAGGACGAGUGCCAACAAAUGCUUGCAGAAUUUCCUACUACUUUUGAGCAAGACCAGAAUUUGCUAGAUUCUGCUCCAGACCCUAGGAGAAUAUAUGAAGCUGCAAUCAAGUAUAGAUUGCAUCGGAAGUUGUUCAUCGAGAAGCUUGUCCAGGCACUGGAUAUUUAUCAAGAGAGGAUAUUGUUCUAAUCACUGAGUUUUCAUCAUUGGAGCUGCAUUUUUGUCACAUGGUUGGUGAAAAAAAACACAUGGCAUGGCCAUAGUAGCUGAGGGAUUUAUUGGCAGCCAGAUCUAUCAAUUUUCGCAUAGCUAGCAUGUGUAAAGAUAAUUCAUUUUCUUUACUUGGGACUCAUAGAUCAGUUGAUUGAAAAUGUAGUAGCUUUUUUGGAUAUGAAUUGUUGCAAGUAAUGGAAACUAGAUUGCCAUAUGGGUUGAAACUUGAAAGGACAUCCCAUACUUCAACUUGUACUUCCCGCUUACCUACUCACUCUGAUAAAAUUAGGUCCCUCUCUCUACCAGUUUUAACUUUUAA